ACAUCAGUGAGUACUUGGAUAUUGAUACCGUUAUUUCCGCUGUUACUGCUUUCGGUGAGCAAUUCGAGAAACGAGCUUGACAGAACAAACCGAAUUCCAUCCAGCCCUGGGAAGUCCGAGGUGGAACGGGCAUUGCACCGCGGCUUUCGAGCCAGUCCAGUCAUUAUAGGAACUCCCCAGGUACUCUGUGCUAUCAGCCAGGGGGCAUUGAACAAAAACGACCAUGUCCUUCCAACCUCAAAACGUCCCCUCGUUUCCCUCCUCCCAGCGACCUCUUGGAGACGGCCAUUGGCGUGCGAAUAGAACCCCUGGGAACAGUGGACUGCCUGGAUAUGGACUCUCGCAGACGGCUUCCGUAUCCAAUCAACUGAGCGGCUUCUUCGGUGGAAGUCGCACUCUCCCGAUGUAUAAAGACAAACCAUAUUUUGCGCCGCGGCGCACAGGCCCGAGGCGUUACCGAAAGAUCGUCUAUAGUGGUAUUGGCCUUUUUGUGCUGGUUAUUGUGUGGUAUAUGACAGGUGGAUUCGGAGGCUGGGAUACAUUGGGAUUGAAAAGCUCCGAAGCUACUCGGGAUGCGGACCUUUGGAGCUGGAUGCAGAGCUUCGGUGGUUCUCUUUCAGAAGGCGGAAAAGUUGGCAAGACGAAGUCUAUUGAUUGGGAGGCUAGGAGAGAGAAGGUCAGAGAUGCCUUCAUUGUGAGUUGGGAUAGCUAUGCCGAACAUGGUUGGGGAUACGAUGAGUAUAAUCCGAUUUCGAAAAAUGGCAGACACAUGGUUGAGGGCGGCAUGGGCUGGAUAAUCGUGGACGCUCUUGACACGUUAAUGAUUAUGAACCUCACCUCCCGGGUCCGACAUGCACGAAAUUGGAUCCAUAAUUCCCUCCAUUACAACCAGGAUCAUGACGUUAAUACUUUUGAGACGUCCAUUCGCAUGCUCGGCGGCUUACUCUCGGCGCAUUAUCUUUCGACGACUUACCCCGACCUUGCCCCAAUAUCUGACGAUGAUGUAGGCUCGCCUGGAGAGGACUUGUACAUCGAGAAGGCUACCGACCUCGCAAAUCGUUUGCUAGGUGCCUUCGACUCUCCAACUGGCAUUCCCUACGCCAGUGUGAACCUAAAUAAAUCGAUGGGCUUGCCGUCUCAUGCGGACGGCGGUGCUUCGUCGACCUCCGAGGCUACCACUGUACAGCUGGAGUUCAAGUAUCUUGCUAAAGUGACUGGAGAAGCUGAGUACUGGAAGACGGUAGAAAAUGUGAUGAAGGUUGUGGACGAUCAGAAUAUGGAGGACGGGUUGCUUCCUAUCUAUCUUUAUCCCGAGACGGGUAAAUUCAGGAACAAUAACAUUCGCCUUGGGAGUAGGGGUGACUCGUACUAUGAAUAUCUCAUCAAGCAAUAUCUACAGACUUCGGAGCAGGAACCGAUCUACAAGGAAAUGUGGGAUGAAUCGUUGAUAGGCAUCCGAAAGCAUCUAAUCACAUAUUCCAAACACGCACAGUUGACAAUUCUCGGUGAACGGCCCGAUGGUCUUCAUGGUACGUUGUUGGGCAAAAUGGACCAUUUGGUCUGCUUCUUGCCAGGAACUAUCGCUCUGGGCACAACAGGGGGCCUGCCGCUGUCCGAGGCGAAGAAGUCACCAGAAUGGAGUCUCAGGCGCGAUGAGGAAAUCUUGCUUGCCAAGGAGCUGAUGAAGACUUGCUGGGCGAUGUAUCUGGCCACGAAGACAGGUCUUGCACCUGAAAUCACGUACUUUGAACUGGACAGUCCACCGGUGAUGAUGGCGGACAUGUAUCCCGAUUCCACCAUUCUCAAGGGCGACCAGAAGUCUUCAGGUGAAGACUUGCAUUUCAAAUCCCAGCCUCUAUACCCCCUGGAAGACGAGACCUUACCAUGGAGGAAAGACAUCGAUAUCCACUCUCAAGACAAGCACAAUCUACAACGGCCUGAAACAGUCGAGUCGCUAUUCUACAUGUACCGUAUAACGGGUGACGAAGUCUACCGGCACUGGGGGUGGGAAAUGUUCAAAUCCUUCGUGAAGCACACUGCUGUACUCGAGGAGAUUGUCGACGACUCCGACUCGACGGCAGAGGGCAAGAAAGUGCCCCGUAUCACGGGAUUCACAUCUCUCUCCAAUGCAGACGUAGUCCCAGCUGCCCAGAAAGACAACAUGGAGAGCUUCUGGCUCGCGGAGACGUUGAAGUACUUCUAUCUCCUGUUUUCAGACAGGCAGUUUAUUCCUCUCGAGAAGACGGUGUUCAAUACCGAGGCGCAUCCGUUCCCCCGGUUUCAACUUGGGGGUGAUUUGAAGACUGGGUGGACAAGACAGCCACGGUCGUAGACGAGGUAUCUCGGGUUUAUUUUUUCCUUUUGAUCCUUUCCUCUUUGGCCAGCAGAGAUAUCCAAUGUCCCUUGCUCUUGUUCUAUGUGGCUGUUGACAUGAUUGCGUCUUUGAUGAAUGCAUAGCUGUUGUAUAUAUCCGAAUAUUUCUUUUCUUAGGAUCUGAUCUGCGAAGCAAGGAAUUUGCUUAGACAAAAAGAAUUUGAUCUUAUUCUGGCUGCUAUAUACUACUUUGGAUGCCAUGACUGAUAUCUACUCUCAUAGAAUUUCGUUUUGCUGUUUCGCUGCCAUUUUUGGCCGCGCAUGACGCCGAAAACGGCGGCGUUUCAGCAACUAUCACCUGCCACGCUCCCGCACUUUUCUCCCAUGCAUCACCAACACAAUCCUCAGGCAGCAUCAUGGCUUUCAUCAUCUGCAACACCAUUUACUUCCUAUUAAGUUUCACAAGGGUGCGGAAAAUGGCCUCCUCAGCACCCCACCAGCUGAUGGCUAGCUGGCACCUAGCCAUCUGUAAGGCCACAAAGUCAGCAGCCUCAGGCCACACAAGAUCACGUGUAUUUAGCACUUAGGGAGCUCCGCAACACCAUAGCGAAGUCAGCGAUUAGUUCUUAACUAGCUCUAGUAGGAUUAGCAACUCUACAAUACAUUGGUUAUGCCCUGCCUGAGAGUUGCUUAUAUUCUGUCUUUGUAGAGACUAAGUACUGCAUGCAUCAAGCAAUUUGCCAUCAUCAAGUGUCAGGAGAUGGACAUCAAAUGAAUUGAGCAAUGGGGUAAGCAAUCAGGUUGCUCAGUGAGCAAAACGAUGCAAGGGAUGAGCACCAAAAUGUAGGAUAUCAAGUAUUUACAUAUGCGGAUUACCCAUAACAAUCAAUAUAUAUAUAUAAAGAUCUACAACACUCCCACCUAGCAUAUUUGAUUAUUUACUACUGCUUCUGGUUCCGCCCCAAGGCGGCAUCAAUCAACCGACGAUAACCCCGGACAGCCUCCUCGAGUUCAGCGACGGUGAUAGCCUCAUUAUCGCCGUGUGCGACAUGGAUACUGCCGGGACCAUACAGGUAACGAGAGACGGUAGCAUUGUCGGACGGAUGAAGAACAAGAUUGGGCACAUCAGUCCCGUAGUUGACGGUGGUAAUCUCGAACCCCUCGACGUCCGUAUCAAGAUCCUGGGGUGCAUACCCCGCAUUAGCAGGGAAAACAACCUGAACAUCCGCGUCGCCCUGCGUGGCAUCCACGACAGCCUGACGGAUAAUCCUGCGCGCUUGCUCAGGCGUCCCUGCGGCAAGACGCACAGCAACCUCUGCCUCCGCCGCGGCGGGGACGACAUUUGCCGCGACGCCAGCGCGAACGGAGCCGAUAUUGACGGUGGUCGGACCGAACUUGGGACUAAACGGCAACCCGCCUUCCUCGAUGGGGAUGUCGCCGAGCCUGUCAACACGGGACAAGGCCGGAAGGAUAGCGGAGACAGCACUCCGACCUAACCAGGGAUAUCCGGAGUGAGCGGCAUGGCCGGAAGCGAGGAUGUUGAAGCCCACCAUGCCCUUGUGGCCGGAGACGAGGGCAUGGUCCGUUGGCUCGCCAAAGAUGACGGUGUGAAAGCUGGAAGGGGCGGUGUUCAGAUUCGAGGCGGAGAAAUACUUCAUGCCAUCUCCGCUGAUUUCCUCACCCACGACGAAGAGCAGGGCUAGUGGGGCGUUGGGAGUGUCGGAGAGGGUUUCGAGAGUGGCGAACACUUGCGCCGCGACGCUUGCUUUGGCGUCUACGGUUCCGCGGCCGGAGAUGAGGACCGCGUCGCGGUCGAUAGUCGUGGUACCGGCAUCAUAAGAAAGCGAGUAGGGGAUAAAAGGCGGGACCGUGUCGAUAUGGCUUGUGAGGAGGACACCAGGGAAUUCGGGGUCAAUCACAUUGUUAUUAGCGGGGUAGGCGUAGAUGUUGAAACGAGGGCGAGAGUCGUGGCUCUUCACAGGAAGGGGUUGCUUGAACACGGUGAAAUUGCGGGCUUGGAGGAAUUCAGUGAUGAAGUCACCGACGUCUUGCUCGUUACGAGAGAUAGACUCUAUCUGGACGAUAUCGCGAUGGAACGAGAGCAAUGGGGAGGACUUGACGAUGUCUUCCAAUCGCGAUUGUAUGGUGGCGGAGGUAGUGGUGCCUGUUAGAGGACUCUGUCCUUGGCGUGCACUUGCAUUUGCGACAGUAGAGCCUGCCAGCAGGGAGGAGAGGAGGAGCAAGAGCUUCAUGUUCACCUUCCUCGCCCCUUUUACAAUUGAAUAUAUUCAACACCCUCCUGAAUCCUGUGGCACUAGAGAAAGUCGGAGGGGCAUCCGAAACCGGCGAGUCACGUGCCA